GCAAAUUAUCUUCUUUGGAAGGCUAUAUAUUUACAUUUUGGGCUAACACAAACCCUAGCCGGCAGCCGCUCUUUCUCGCCUCUCCUUCCACGAUUACCCUAUCUCUUUCCUUCCUUACUUUACUCUCCUCUGGUUUUAACGAAAGACGGGGUCAAGACGGCCUCCUGGUUUCCCGAUCUGCUUAGCGGCACACUUGAGCAAAGACGGCCGAGAGAUGUAGGCGGGGCGGUGGUUCGGCAAUCGGCCAAGCGAAGCUUUAUUGAUCUGCCGUUCUCUCCGUCGCCAACCACCGAUUGUAGAAGCCAUGAUUGGAUAUUGCUUUUCCCGAUACGCCUCUCGAUUUGGAAGCCCGAUCCUUCGAGACCCAUCCUUAGUCGAUCUCUCUCAAAGAAACGACAGAUCUAUCCCGUCUUUUAUAGGUGAGAUCGUCAUAUACAGAUCUGUUUUCUUUCUAUUUCGCUUUUCUUGUUUCAAGGGGGUUCUGACUUUCUUUUAUUUUCUUGGUUAAUUUUUAACUCCGAUGAGGGGAUCUGAAAGGGAAGUUCAGAGACGGCAGUGAGAUUGUCGGUGGCCGUGAACGACCACCCGCUCUGCCGGCGAAGAACCAGCAGCCACCGCUGAGAGGUUUGGAAUGAUGGAGGCUUUGAUGAUAUUCUCUGAAACCCUUGGUUAGGAUUAGGGUGUAUAAAUCUGUGUUUGGACAUGGAUUUAAAGUUGGAACUGGUACUUGGGCUAAUCUCAGGCGAACUUGAGAUUUAUUUAUUUUAAUGAGGUGAUGAAUUGAUUUUGACAAGAAGACAAACUUGAAAUAACUAAAAAAUGAACGAGAAAAUAAAUACUAAAUAUAUUUAAUUGAGACCAUAGAUAAUUAUGAAUAAACUCCAGAA